GGCCUAUGGAUGAGAUAAAUAGCGAUUAUUUUGUGGUGUCUUUGAUGUCAACAAAAUGUUGAUUCAGUUAUCGAAACUCAUUGCAAUCACAAGACAUCCACUCAUUUACAGAUAUGUUUCAAAUUGUCAACAAUUAGUGGACAAUAAGUAUUCAUAUCUCGACUCAAAUGACCGCAAAGUCUUUGAUUUGAUUAAAGACUCGUUUCGAGUGAUCGACGACUUUGUGACCGAAGAGGAAGAGCAGUGUCUUCUGCGAGAGAUUGAGCCAUACGUUAAGAGAUUGAGGUAUGAGUCGAGCCAUUGGGACGACGCUAUCCACGAGUACAGAGAGACUGAGCGCUCGGUUUGGACACAAGACAACCAGAAGAUCAUCGACAGAGUGAGACAAACAGCGUUUCCCUCGGGAGUGGCGCCCAUCAGAUCCGUUCACGUCCUCGAUUUGGCCAAACAGGGGGUCAUUAAGGCUCACGUGGACGCUGUCAGAUUCUGUGGCGACACUAUUGCCGGCAUAUCGUUGUUGUCCUCAUCUGUCAUGAGAUUAGUUGAUGAGAAGGACAGCACACUCUUCGCGGACGCCUUACUUAAGAGGAGAUCUUUGUAUAUAAUGUCUGGUAUCUCGAGGUAUAAGUUCACGCAUGAAAUCCUCGGCCAACAGAUGUCCAAAUUCAAGGAUCAAGUGAUAGAAAGAGAGCGAAGAAUAUCUGUUAUUUGUCGCAAUCAACCCGAUUAUAACCAAACAGAUGACUCCGAGUCUAGUCUUAAAUAACUGUUAAUACCGUUACAUGUCUUGUGUUUUAAGAGUUUUUAUUGUUUUUUGUUAUUUAUAUUUAAAUAGACAUUGAAUUUGACAUAAAA